CUUAUCAAUACUUUAAAUUAUGUAACUAGUUUGAAACUGUAAUCUAAUCUCUUAGUUUUAAACUUCAAUUGUACAUCUAUAUUAUAAAUAUACAACAGAAUUCAAAUAUACACAUACAGCGUACGAGUCAAUUGAAAUCAACCUUUCACAUUAUUCACAGCAAUCUCUCUGUGUGUUUCUUGUUUUUUCUACGUACAAACAAUGUGUUUCUCGCAAGGGUUCUCCAAUUCACGAUCAUCAUCGCCGAUGGGUUACGAAAACGAUUCGUUCCGCGACGAGGAUGGGGAGCCGUUGAUGGACUACGACGGCGUGCAGUCCGAUAGGGAGCAGUCGCCGCAGCCGCGGCAGGGAUUUUUAGAGGACGACGAGGAUGAGGGCGAGUGGCAGCGAGAGCGGUCGGAGACGCCUGUUUAUGACGCGGAGGCAUCGUUGAUGAAAGCGAAGCCCAUGAAGCGGCUGAUCAAGAAAGGCGAUCCUGUCUCGGCGAAGGAGAUUGUGACUCCGAGCCUGGUGGAUGAGGACGAGUACGAGGAGGAUUUUGAGAGAAAUUCGAAAAAGUUGAAGGAGGGAAAGAGCGGUGGGAAGAAGGAGAAGAGGCAUAAGGGGGAGAAGAGAGGGUUUUCUUCUGUGGGGAAGAGCGAUGAUGGUAGGUCCUCCAAGAGAGGAGGGUUUUCUUCGGGUAAGGAUCGAGAGAGUGAGGUCAAGGAGAUGUGGGGCACCAUUGCCGGUGGCGAUUCUGAGGAUGAUCAUGAGGGUGUCAGGACUAUGGACGAUGAUAACUUCAUAGAUGACAGUGGUGUGGAUCCUACUGUUGGGAAUGGAAAUGGCGGUGAGCCACAUUCUCCUGGUGAAGCUCCUCAGGCUGAGGAGCGUGGCGAAGAUGAAGAAAUUAACCAGCUCUUCAAGUCGGGUAAGAAAAAAAAGAAGAAUGAGAGAAACCCGGCAGAAAUAGCAUUGCUAAUUGAGAAUGUCAUGGCCGAGCUUGAGGUCACAGCAGAAGAGGAUGCAGACCUUAAUAGACAGGGGAAGCCUGCUGUUAAUAAACUCAAAAAACUGCCUCUUCUGACAGAGGUCCUUUCAAAGAAGCAGCUCCAACUAGAGUUUCUAGAUCACGGAGUUCUAAAUUUAUUGAAGAAUUGGUUGGAACCUCUUCCAGAUGGAAGCUUACCAAACAAGAAUAUCCGUUCAGAAAUAUUGAAGAUUUUGACUGAUUUGCCCAUUGAUCUAGAGAUGUAUGACAGAAAAGACCAACUCAAGAAGAGUGGUAUUGGAAAGGUCAUUAUGUUUUUGUCAAAAUCUGAUGAGGAAACAACAUCCAACAGAAAACUUGCAAAGGAUUUGUUUGAUAAAUGGAGUCGACUGAUAUUUAACAAAAGUACAAGGUUUGAGGACAUGAGAAACGCUGAUGACGAGAGCCUUCCCUACCGAAGGCCAUCUGUUAAAAAGCCAGCGAAUAAAGCUGCUGGGAUGGAAUCCAAAGAUGAUGACCUUGAUUUAGAUGAAUUUUCACGGGAUCGCAAGUCUAGCCAAUUAUCAUCCAGGCAGCAUGCUACAAGGCCGGACGCAACAGCAUUAGAUUUCUUGGUGCGCCCACAAUCUAAGAUUAAUCCAGAUGAAAUAAGAGCCCGCGCAAAACAAGUUGUAAAAGAUCAGCGUCGUUUGAAGAUAAAUAAGAAGUUGCGGCAGUUGAAGGCCUCAAAAAAGAAGCAGCUUCAAGCCACAAAGCUUAGUGCGCAGGGUCGUGGCAUGGUCAAAUAUUUGUAA